AUGGAGCUGUGCAGGAAGAACAUACUGGCUUGCAACAUUUACGGCAUGCUGAAGAGGUUCCCCAAGGAGUACAACAUCUUCCCCCGCACCUGCGACUUCCAGGCCUACACCAGGGCCAAGAAGCACAAGAUACGAUGCACUGAUACGGGGAAGGUGUGGGCUGACAUCGAGGAUGUGGUGAUCAAGGCUCUGGUCUCAGCCCACUCAGUGCUCCAGCACAGCUACCACACAUGCUUCUCGUACCACGCCGCCUCCAACACCGCCACCGGGGCCUACUUCGAGAUCCUGGGCUUCGACGUGCUCAUCGACUACUGCCUCAAGCCCUGGCUGUUCGAGAUCAACCACUCCACUAGCUUCAUUACAGACUUCAGGCUGGACAGAGAGGUGAAGGACAGGCUGCUGUAUGACAUGAUGGUGCUGAUUAACCUGGGGGCCUGUGACCGACGCAAAGCUACUGAGGAAGAGAGGAGCAGGAUCAGAGACUGGCUGCAGCACAUCCGCUCCAAGGAGACACAGUGUGAGAGCAGUUGCAGGAGCCCCAUGAGAAACAUAGCCAGAGCAGGUGUAAGAGACUGGGCCUGCUGGGGGAGUCAGCAGGAGACGAGGGUAAAAUCCACAAAGCACCCCUCUGCCCCAUCCAUCCCAAUCCUCUGGCCUGCUCCGCUCACUUCCUCCCAGGGUGACCCAGGCGCUGAAGGAGGGGGAGGAGGGGGAGGAAGAUCAUCUCAGGGGGCUGCAGCUGAGGGCCAGCCUGCUCAGAGACCUGGGCAGACCAGGUGUUCGUCACAGUGCCACCUAUUGUCAAGACUGACUUACGGCCAUAGAUAGGCAACAUGGCAGCCUAGGACAGACUGGCCAUAAUGCAUAAGGGUGGUGAUUGAGAGACCUUGGACAUCAUUGCUUCUGUGACCGACAUGGAUAGGACCGUGAGGUCUCCUCCAGAAAUGCAAUUCUCCAUCCCCUUUGGUCCCAAUAAAAGCUGACACCAUUCCUGCGGGUUGUGCCUCACAGGCAAUUUUAAUGAAGGUAAAUUGCUAACUAAUUUAUCCAACAAAUAACUGCUUACAAAUGUAUUUAGUCAUUUCAUCCAAGGGCACGAUGACCACUCAUGACUACUCAUGAUUUAUUAUUCUAAUACAAUAUUGUUGACUUUGCAACAACUUUUUAUUUUAGUUCCUUUCCCAAUGCUGAUACUACUGUUAUAUAUAAUGUGACCUCGAAGGUCUUGGUAGACAGUCAUAUUUAGUCAGGCAAAUACAUGAUCACAACAGAGCUGCAGAGAUGAACCCUAGACAGAAGAACCUUCACAAAUGGCUGCUCUUCCCCUUGGUGUCCCGCCAACAUAAGCUGUAUUCAGACAGACUAAUCUCUCCCUAUACUUUGUUAAGCACCUGUGCAGGUGUGGAGACCACAGGGUAAUCUAUGCCACUUCUGGCCUUUAGAAAUCAUCUGCCCAGUCAUUAUGAGUGCUUAGUUAAAAGCAAUCAAUCUAGACUGAUUUCAUUUGAAAGGACCAUAGGUUUAAAAACUUCCGUUGAACUUAAUUUGGUUACCUUAAUGCACCACGAAAUGUACUAUACAGUAGCAAGCGCUUAUAGUGCGGCAGUUAUUGGUUUGUUUUUGUUCUUUAAGUGCCAAAUUGAUUUUUCUGUGAACUGUAUCCAUAUCACUGUAAAAGUUAUUGCUUCCAAAAAGACGUGCAAUAAAACAUUCUUACACAUACUGUAAUAUAUUCUAAACCGCUCCUGUAGGUAAAUCAUUAAAGUAGUGUUUGAUCUGCAUUUGAGAAGGGUGACCUCGCCAAGUUUUAAGACUUGCGAAGUAGGAUCAGCCUUUGUUUUCCAGUAGCCCAGUUUAUCACCUUUUCAAGGGACAGACUUGCAAAGAAACAGUUGUCUGGAUACUCAGUUUUUGGGACCACAGUAUAGAAAGAGUGUUGUUCUGUUCUUCUUCUUGAUAACAGCACAGGUUGAGUUGGAGCAGAGUGUGUUGCCCUGAUGGUCAACUUGGUAAACCAGUCUCCAGAUUAUCAGGGCUGUGUUCCAAUUGGUUGGUUUUGUGUCUAUCUCAGCGGAGGGUGAACUCUUCCAUCCAUGUUUCUGUUUUACAAUGUUAACAGAGCUUCAUUACAAACAUUGUUUUGGGGAUUUCUAUCCAAAACAUUUUAUUACCACUCCACUAACCAUUUACAAGAUGUGGAGGGUUGUUGUGCUUUGCAGUUUCACGUAAUGGCACACAGCUGCAAAUGUGUCCAGCAGUAGGCUAAAUCAUUUGUUUUCAGCUUCAAUGAUAGUUGGAUAUUUUGAUAUUGUUUUAUUCCUGGAAAUACAGUAUAAUAUUACUUUGAUUAUGGCAUACAUCGGUGAGGGCUUCUAUUAGUCAUGUUAACCAUUCUGUCCAUCGCUCUGCCCUUUUUUAAUCUGUUCAUCAUUAUCUUCUUAUCUCAUGAUGUUUUGGCCUGUGCUAUAAUUGCUCUAUUUUUAGACUGGUAAGAACAUGCAGCUUCUGAAUGUGUAAUACAAUCUGUAAUAACAGGGCACCUUAAUGUCAAUAAAUAGCAAUAAUGUAAUUGAUAGCCUCCAUGUCUACAGUCUGUCUGGGAUUACUGCUGAAUCAGACAAAGAACCACGUACAGUAAUCUAAACAAGGUAUUGCUGCCCUAGACCAAGGAACUGUUAACAGAUAAGACACAGUUAUAUGAUUAGAAUAUAGGUUCUAUGUGUGCAAUUGAACCAUUCAAAAGUAUAUUGACAAUGUAGAUUGAUUUUAGUUUAUUUAAUUUACUUUGUAAAAGUAUGCUUGACAGAGUAAUAUAGGUCAUUGUUGAUACAAACAAGUGUAAUCAAUCACAAUUUGCUCUUUUAAAAUAUUGAACAAGAGAUUUCUCAUAAAUAUGUAUUAACUCAAAUAUUUCAUCACAUAUUCCGAAAGGUGGAAAAGAAAAUCUU